GGCCGUCGCUGAAUAAUUCGUGCUCCGGAACCAGGGGGGGCCCUUAUACCACAAGGUGUCGCCGUAGGUGAAACGAGUAUCAGAGAUGGCGUCUGAAAACGAUCCCCUCAUCGAUUCAAUCGAGUCCAUCUUCGAACAUGGUGACGACAAGCCCCAAGAUGGCUCAAACACACCAAAAGCCCAUGGUAUAGCGUCGACCAUCGACUGGGACUCACCAGAGAACUUCUAUGAAGGGGGCUCUGAACCAUGUUCUUGCGACGUUUGCAGGCCAAAAGAAAUUGCAGGAAGAACCAGUUCUAAUUCUACUGCGAGCACAACGGCAGAAAACUCAUCUGAAGAGUGCCGGAAACGGAAACGCUUGCGAUUGGAUGCAGUUGCAAACACCAAUAAUCCUUCGCAGCAAGAAGAUGUCAGCGUGGACGGCAAUGCAGAGGAGAAGCCAGCCUGUCAAAGGCGUCCAUGGAGCCAGGAAGAACAUGAACGGUUUCUAUCUGCGCUCGAGAGGUUUGGAGCUCCAUCGAAUCUUGACCAGCAUCAUGGCUUCACAGUGGGGUUGGGCCACGGCGUGGCUGACAUGAUCUCAUUUGUCGUCGGGACAAGAACCCCUGCACAGGUCAGGUCGCAUGCACAAAAAUAUUUCUUGAAGCAACAAAGGCAGACCCAGUCUAAAGAAUAAGGCUUCUGAUUGCUUCGCUCUUGCGAUUUGCCCUUGUCUUCAUGUAAAGUGGGUGAUCAUAUACUGUGUGGGUGGUGUUGUAAGCUGUGUCGUGGAGAAGUGACAAAUGAAGAGAAUAGUCAUUAUCGAUGGGCGUCAAUCAUUAAAAUGAACAAGUCACAG